AAAAGUUCCAUUCCUUUAAUUUCAUAUUUGACUAUCCAAUCAUCACCAACAUUCCAAUCAUCUCAUUUUACACAAUCUCUUGUGCGUGAACAUGAAGAGAAGCAUCACAGAUAUGAGAGAGCUUGAUCACAGCCUAACCAUGGCCAACUGUUUGAUGCUACUUUCCCGUGGCAUCAACAACAACGCUAAUCAAUAUGACUCCUUCUCUGUCUCCCCUAACCGGGUUUUCGAGUGCAAGACCUGCAAUCGCCAGUUCCCUUCGUUCCAAGCGCUUGGAGGUCACCGUGCCAGUCACAAGAAGCCCAGGUUAACCGGAUCAUCAGGAGAAGGAAACAGCAAUAGUUCUGAUCAGAGUCUGUCACAAGGUUCACCACCAAAACCUAAGACGCAUGAGUGCAACAUAUGUGGCCUAGAGUUUCCUGUGGGGCAGGCCUUGGGGGGUCACAUGAGGAGGCACAGGGCAGCCUUGAGCGGUUGUAAUACUACUAGCAAUGUUCAUGAGCGAUAUUCAAGUUCGAAUAGUCUGAAUCCUCAGCCUGCGCAAGUAUUUCAAGUUUUGAAGAAGACGAACAGCGGUAGGAGAGCUAUGUGUUUGGAUCUGAACUUAACGCCAUUAGAGAAUGACUUGGAGACUCUUCAGCUAGGGAAAGCAGCUCCACUUGUUGGGUUUUUGUAAUUAUAUAUACAGAGAUGAUCAGUGCGUUAAUUCAUCGGCAUGAUUGUAAUUAAUCACGUAGGGUUCGCUGAUGAGGUUUUACCACGACUCUUCUCUUUUUGGUUACACCGAUAGGUCGAUCCAUCAGUAUUUGUUCAUUGUAGAAUUUAUAUUUCUAUAAGAUAUAUCCCUUUGAUUUGUUA